AUGGACCGACUCGUCAACUUGUCAGCGUACUGUUUCCUGUACGGGUUCCUGACGUUCGGACUUUUGUUCCUUGUACCGCUGAAGCUGAGCAGGAAGUUUCGCCAGGCAUGUGCGCACCUGGUCUUUCCCGCGCUCCUCCACUUGUCCCGAGACCAACUCGACGGGAUUCGUCGGCGAGUGGUCUCCCAGCUGAACGACCUCCAGUCCCACGACGACGAUCUGAAGGAGGAGGGCGCCAUCAGAGUCCUGGAGAUUGGCACUGGCUAUGGCGCAAACUUUGAGCACAUAACGCGGAAAGUGCGGUACACGAAUGUGGAACCGAGUCGCGAGUUCGACGAGGACUUCCUGUCCAACCUCGGGAAGAACCCCAAGGUGAAGCUGGAGCGCUGGAUUCGAGGCUGGGCCGAGGACAUGCCAGACGUUCCAGACAAUUCCGUCGACGUCGUGCUCGUCACAUAUCUGCUUUGCACCGUGACUGACGUGCAAAGGACGCUUGCCGAAUGCAAGAGGGUGCUGGUAAAGGGAGGCAGGCUCGUGUUUCUGGAGCACGUGGCACACCCCGAGGCGAGCUGGGGCUUCAUCCUGCAGCGGCUGCUGGAUCCGCUGUGGUCGGUCGUCUUCGGCGGCUGCUACCUCACCAGGAGAACUGGGGACGUCCUGGCCAAGGCUGGCUUCGCUCAGCUGGAACUUGCCCAUGAAUUCCUGCCAGUGCCUGCGGUGUUGAGUCCCCACGUGUAUGGCUUUGCCUCCAUAGGGCCCAGUCCGGGUCCUUUUGCUGAAGACUGCUGAAUAAUGAUGGAAUAUUGGCAGAAAAUGAAUGCGAAGUCCUGCUGAAGUAUAAGAAUGAAUGUUUUUUUGCGAGCCACAAGACGACAAAUUUUUAUUUGUAGUAUAUCUGAUGACGUUUUCCCUAGAACUUCCGAAUAUUGCCUCUAAAAUCAUGCUUUUUUAUAGUUUUAUUUUGAGAGAUUCACAAAAUCACUGUUAUUAACUUAUUUUCGUUCUUGACCAGAACAUCAAUGAAUCAUCGUGCAGCUGUCUUCGGGCCUUCAAUUUAUGUUCCAUAUUUUAAUAAACGUGAUUUUAUUUGUGCAUGA